CACACGCAGACGGCAACACGGCAGCGCCCGGGAUAACGUGAUUAGCGCUCUAUUAAGUCCGCUGCCGAGCGGAGCGAGAUGCAGCGCUGAGAGCGCAGAGAGCGCAGAGCGCGGAGGGACCAGAGGCGCAGGGGGAACGCUCCGCUCCGCUCCGUCCGGCGCACGGAUCUUCUUUGCCUCCUCUUGAUUCGCCCGAAGAAGUUCCCCCCCCCGGUUCGCGCUGUUUCUGUGGCCCGCCUCUGGAGAGCCGCUGUCAUCGCUCCUUGUUUUAGAUAAAGUGUCAUCUUUUAAAGUAUCCCUCACAAUGAGGAGGACAAAUCCAGGAACGUCUCAGAGGAGCGAUUCAGUCUCUUCUCCUCUCAGGUCUCCUGGGAAUCACUAGUUCUUUCCUUCCUGGCGGAUGAUAUUUGUAACCUCGGGUGAACUCUGAGAGGAAGUGGGCCAGUCUGCCAUCAUGGCGGACAACAACAGCACCAACCAGAGCUUACCCAGCUUGGCCCCCUACAGCCUCCGGGUAGCCCUGCCGCUGCUCGUGGGCUUCAUGAUCCUGCUCAUAGUGUUCGGUAACGUCCUGGUGGUCAUUGCUGUGUUUACAAGCCGGGCCUUGCGAGCCCCGCAGAACCUGUUCCUGGUGUCCCUGGCCUCGGCGGACAUUCUGGUGGCCACCCUCGUGAUGCCGUUCUCCCUGGCCAACGAACUCAUGGGAUAUUGGUACUUCGGCGACGUGUGGUGUGAGAUUUACCUCGCGCUCGACGUACUCUUCUGCACCGCGUCCAUCACCCAUCUGUGCGCGAUCAGCUUAGACCGCUACUGGUCCAUCACACAGGCCAUCGAGUACAACCUGAAGAGGACGCCUCGGCGCAUCAAGUGCAUCAUCUUUAUUGUUUGGGUGAUUGCUGCAGUCAUCUCGUUCCCGCCACUUAUCACAAUGGAGAAAAACAACAACGAGGCAUACCCCGAGUGCAAGAUCAAUGACCAAAAAUGGUACGUCAUCUCCUCCUGCAUCGGAUCCUUCUUCCUACCGUGCGUCAUCAUGGUACUGGUCUACGUACGGAUCUACCAAAUCGCCAAAAAAAGGACACGGGCGCCACCCGGAGACCGUAAGCCAAAUGCCAUUUUGAAGUCACCUAAUACUCCUGCUGCGAAUGGGAAGGAGAAUGGUGCAGGCGAUGACAAGGACCGCCUCUGUCACGAGAAACUGAACGGCGAACAGGCCAUUGAGCUCCAGGGAGUAGAAGGACAUAGGAAGGCAGAGGAGGCAAAAGGUGAGCUCAAUGGAGUGGACCUUGAGGACUCAUCGUCCUCUGACCAUAAGGUGAACAAUCCAUGCUCCAUUAGAAAGAAAGCAAACAAGGGGAAACCCAGACUAAGUCAAAUCAAACCAGGGGAUUCCAACGUCCAAAAGCAAGAGGCGAACACCAAAGGCAGUCGCUGGAAAGGUCGUCAAAAUCGUGAGAAACGUUUCACCUUCGUCUUGGCGGUGGUCAUUGGUGUCUUUGUCAUUUGCUGGUUUCCCUUUUUCUUUACUUACAUGCUGAAAACUCUUUGCAUAUCCUGCAACGUGCCUACCACCUUGUUCAAGUUCUUCUUCUGGUUCGGCUACUGCAACAGUGCCCUGAACCCUUUGAUAUAUACCGUUUUCAACAACGACUUCAGGAGGUCGUUCAAAAAGAUACUGUGCAAGAGGGACACCAGGAGAUACGAAGGUGUUUAUCUGCAGACUCUUCCUUCCCUUUGAAUGCAUCCACCUGUCACAGCUUUAACACGACGUUGGAGAUCACAGAGGAAACCACAGUAAGAUCAUAUUUUUAUUGUAUCUGCUAUUUUUUUUCUAAAAGAGACAAACAGUGAAGUUAUUGGUAUGUGUCGGAUUUGUAUGUCAUAACUAAAUGAUUUGUCUGAGUAUUUGUCUAUAUUUGUUUUUAUGGAAACAGUAUUGUACUAUUUUGUAUGAUAUGGUGAUAUUGAUUGCAACAGAAAUGAUGCUGGUGGACUUGUGCUAAAGUGCAGCUUCUAAAGAAUAAUUAAAGCCCAUUUUGUCAGAAAUGGUUUUAAAAAAAACCUGGAGGAAAGAUUGGAGUGAUGAUUUCAUAUCAUUUUGAAUCUUGCCAGCGCACGUUCAAACAAUUUUAAAAAAAGAAGAAAAAAACUCCGGAGGUUAUGGGAAAGGGGUAAAAGGACAGAAAAUGAAAAGCUAGACUUUGGUUUGUGAAAGUGGUCAACAAGGGUUAAGGACACUUUUCAGAAUGAAUUUCAUAUCAUUUUGGGCUUUUGAUGAUUUAUUUUAACAGAUUUUUUUUUCAGUUUAGACUGAUUAUACAACAAAAAAACCAGUGAUUUUAGCUCAGUGCACAAGGUGGAAUAGUCGAGAUUUUGUCACCAUUAAUGUUUGAUUAAUUGUUUCUCAUUCGCCAGCCUUAUGUUUGUUCUGACGUGAUUCUGGCAGCACUUUAGGCAGAAAUAUUGGAGCUCAUUUAAACUGGUCAGUUUCCUGCCUUGUUUCUGAACAUGGUCUAAAAGCGAAGAGGCUUCUGGUCAUUUCCAGAAGCCUCAUUUCACUCGCAUCCAUUCUAGAACAGGAUUUGAUGUGAGCUUGCGCUCAAUGUUUUGUUGAAUAAUGACAAUUGAGAAAACUUGAACCUCGUUAUUCCUUUUUCCACUAAUGCAGCCACUACCGUGCUUAGCAGUGGGUGCAGUGUUGUUAGGAACUGGAGCCCUCACUUUGGUCCAAACACACUUCAUGUUGUCAAAGUCAACUAUAUCAGCCUUUGGCUCAUCUAAAUAUAAAACAAUCCAUCAGUCAAGCUGACAUUACGUUUCUGAAAAUGCCCCAACAGUAACCCAGGUGAAAAUGUCUGGACUGUUCUUUAGAAAAUGGGUUCGUUUCAGAAACCCAGCCAUAGGUUCACAUGGACUCUAUCAAUUCUGCUAAAAUGAGGAUCAAAUGCUGAACCAGACAAUGCAAGAAACACACAUUCUUGUGUGUGUUUCUUGCUUUUGUGCAACCUUUACAUCAAUUGGAGUAAAAAAAAAAUUUAAAAAGCCUUUCUUCAACUUGACCUCAAAUCAACAACAACAUGGAUGAAACUUGGACAGUGACGGGUUUUCCAACAGCAUGGAAAAACUUUCCACAGUUUUUUAUAUUCCAAACCGCGAUUAGAAUGUAAAAAGCCGACCAACAUCCAGUUUCUGCAACAGCCCGGACGUCUGCCCUGCUGAAAAUGGACGGACUUUGCUCCGAAACAAGGCACCACGCACAAAACAAAGCUGUUUUCAUGAAUUAUUUCCAUUUUGGCUAAGAAAGGGUUUCCUGGUGUUAUUUUUGGAAGAAUACAUUUAAAUAAAUCUUAGGGCCGGUGUUAACACUGGAAACACAACAGGUUUACAGAUGUACCCCUUGCUUUAUUAAUAAAUUUUUUUAUGCUGA